AUGUCAUCGGUUCUAAAGAACAAGAUUUUGAAACCAUUUCUUAAGUUUACGAAAAACCUUUCUUCAAAUAAACUUCAUAUGAGUUUAUUAAAAGGUGUUUUGGAGUUGGAAACACUAGAAUUAGAAGAAAAUGCUUUAAUGGAGCUUCUUGAUCUGCCAACUUGGUUACUUUUACGUAAAGCAUAUUGUACAAAUGUUGUAGCUAAAAUACACUGGACAAAGUUAAAAACUCAUCCUGUUUUCAUUAGUAUUGAUCUUGUAAAUAUUGAAUUACAAGCGCUCAAUGAACCACGUCCAGCUUCACAAUCGCCUAUAGCUAAUUAUAGAGGUGGAUCUGGCAAAUAUGGGUUCAGUGAUAAAGUAAUUGAUGGAGUUACUAUUCAAGUGAACUCAGUGUUUAUUGAGUUCUUCGCUCAAGCUUUUCAGGGCUCAGUUGAAUUGUCCAGGUUUUGUGUGCUGAGUAAAUCACCGAACUGGCAAAAUUGUUUGUUAAAUUUAAGCACUCUGACAUUGCCACAAUAUGAUUCCAUAUUGAUAUUCAAGGAAGUAUCUUGGGAAUCGGCACGUAUUGUGGCCGAUGGUCUACUAACUGAACUACAUGGUACACCAGUUAAACUUAUAACAAAUCAAUCUCGUGUGCGUUUAACAAUGAAAAAGCGGUUAUCUGAUGGGUCGCUGAUUAGCUCACGUAUUCGUCUUAUACUAGACGAUAUACUUUGGGUAUUCACAUUAUCUCAAGUUGAAGCAGCCAUUGUAUUUGCACGUUCUUUAGAACAUUCAAUACGUUUAGCCAAUGAACAGAGUAAACGAUUCGCAGCAGAGAAAGCUAAGCGACAAACCGUCCCUUUGGUUUCAUCAUCAGAAACUCAGUCUUUGGUGAAUAAUAGUUACAGUAACAAUAAUAAUGGUAGUAAUACUAACUAUACUACUAAUAGUAAUAUUUACCCCACGGUAGUAGUACGAAAUACCAAAUGUACAUGGGAUUAUGCAAAUGCUGUGAAUAUGUUUCAUCAAUAUGAUGUUUUGGAAACAUCCUAUCAUUUGAUUGUUAAUCGGACAGAAUUGAACUUUUGUGAUGAAACUAAAGAAAAAAUUCGACUCAAUCCAAACAUUGUGCCGAAUGGAUCAAUGCGAGUUAAUUUAACCACAUUAUCUGUAGAUUGGUAUCCAUAUCAUUUAGAUUUUUCACCAGAAUUACCUUGGCCUGGUUGUCGAGAAUUCUACAGUGCACGUGAUAAUUGGUUAAGAGGUAUUAAUCCUAUUCAUUUUACCUAUGGUGGUCGUAGAGUAUUCAGUACAAAUUCUCCAACUGUUUCUACUGAUAAUCAAUUUGUUAUAUUGGAUUGUGGUUUAUUGCAGACAGUGAAUACAUCAAUUUUACAAAGUGUUGGUAUUCUACGAUUAGUUGACAUCACUGUAUCAUGUGUAUCUUAUCCGAAUUCCGUGUUGAAACAGAGUGAUCCAUCUACAUUGUUUUCAAAAUCUUCACAGAUGAAUAAAACAUUUCGCGAUAAUAACAAUAAUGCACGUAUAAAAGCAGAAAUUCCAGUUGAUAAGAAUAUUUUCAUUGGAUCAGAUAAAUUUUUACAUAAUCUACCUGAUACAUCAUCAUUUCUUACCAUUGAAUUUAAAAAUCAUUAUUGGGUAGAUGAUACACCAAGCUCAAGUUCAUCAAAUCAAUCUUUACCAUGUUCAUUGUUUUGUCAAAUCAAUCCAUUUUAUAUAAAUUUCGAUCCAGAUACUGUUAUAUGGUUGAAUAUAUUUCUAUUGGCAUUACAGUUAAACUUGUCAACUUUCUUAUCCGGCAGAGAUAAGAACAAUCCGUCGAAACAGCCUAACAGACUAUUUGAUUUAAAUCGAUAUCAUGUACGACUUGAAGCUUUGAUGCCUCGUUUGAUAUUCUCACUAUUUGGACAGUCCAAUCGUCAUACGAAUUCAUCCAAUUGGAUUGGACCACACGCUCUUAUUUUACAAUCAGAUCAAAUUAUCGUACAGUCACUAGCAGCUCCUAUAUCAUCACAUGUCGCUGAUUGUUUGAAAAAGCUGUUAGACAAUUUGCGAUUGAGUUAUGGUCAAUAUGAUACCAGUUGUAUGAGUAAUAAUCCAUUCAUUUCUCAAGCUGUUCCACACAAAUCACCGGAUUUGUCAAAAUUCCAAAAACUAGUUCAGUCAGCUACAGAAUUACAUAGUUUAUGUCCCAAUUUCGAAGAACAAUUUUGGUGCAUUCAUUGUCCAAAUGUAUGGAGUGAAUUUCUUACAAUAAUCGAUUUGACGACAUAUAAUUCUGUCCAUCUUGUUAACAACGAUCAUCGAAUCAAUGAUUGUAUAAUAUACCGUCAAUCAUUAAUUGAAUCUCUUCCUUUGACUAUAUGGUCACUAAUGCCAAUUAAUGUAUCGGUGCCUUCAACAGUUAUCAACAAGAAUCAACCAUUCAAUCAUUCUCCAAUAUCGUUAAUAAUUGAUAUUGAUAAUAAAUUAAUCCCUAUGGAUUCAACAUCAUCAUCCUCACAUAUGAUAAACCAAUCAGCAGAUCAAUGUCCAAUCAAAAUCUCUUUAGGUUCUACAGAUCAAUUAUACACUAAUCGUAUUUUAUUAUCACGCCUUAUCAAAUUUUCUACCAUGAACAGUGAAAAACUGAGAAUUCCUGACACAUUAGAUCAAAUCAUAUUUUUGUAUUAUAUAUAUCAGCAAAUUUCGUAUGUACAAACACGUUUGUACUUAGACUAUCAAGAAUUUACACAAAUUACCGAAAGUCAAUCCACAUUGUCAGUCAGUCCACAAUCAAAUCAUAAUCACCAUAAAUUGUUAUAUUGUGUAGGUUUUUCCACACUACGAUCAAUUGAGCUGGACGUAAAUGUUUCUCAUGAAAAUGAAAUUCGUAUCAAACAAGUAUCGUCUCCUAGUUUCACGGAGAAUAAUAUUGACACUAGUCUACCGAAUACUCCAAAUGUAUCUGCUACAAGUGUCAAUUUUUUUCCGAAUAAAUCUUUAUCAACUACUCUAUUGUCAUCGUCAUCAUCACCAUCAUCUUUAACAAAAUUCUCACAUAAUCCUACUCCACUUUCUGCUGCCACAGUGCUACCGUUGUCGUCGCAGACAUCACUUCGCCAUCAUCAUCCCAUGUUUACACCUUCAUGGGAUUCGUUAUCAUUAAAAACCGAAGGUUCUGUGUUAGACAGUAGUAAAUUAAAUAGAACUAAUCUUCGGAGAUCAAUGCGUGGGCGCAUUAAUUCCUCAGAUGAUAGUCCACAAUCUUUAUUACAAAAUGAUUGUGAUUGUAGUAUUGGAACUACUGAUAGCAUUAAUAAUAACAGUAAUAGAUGUACGAAUAAGUUAGUAAAUUCCGAUUUACCAUCACCCAAAAGUUUUAUAAUAAAACGUAAAACUCACUCAACAGUUACGUUUGUCAAUAAAAAAAAUGAAUGUAAUGAGGUUGAUCGAAACAAAGAGUCACAAAAUAAACCUCUCUCUGAACAAGAUCUUUUUAUGCUUAAUCUUGUUGCGGAUGGAGUUUGGGCAAACAAUUCAUCUAAAAAUAAUAUAAGUCAACAGUUUUCUAUUUCCAGUGAUUUAUCUGAUCUACAAAGUACAUCCAGUUCGAUGGAUGAUUGGACUAAGCCAUAUGAAGUUUUAUCUAAUUUGAAUUCAUCGUGUACAUAUCAAACUGAUGAUAUGUUAUGGCCACCUCUUAAUCAUCAGCAUCUGCUCAACUGUUCAUCAUUUCUACUAAGUCCAGAUGAGAUUGGUUCAGAAUUGUUAGACGUAGAUGUCUUUGCACCAUAUACAUCGAAUACUCCCGAUGCAGCUACUACUACUACUACUGGUCUGACAGCAGCAAUGGAAAAGUAUCAAGAGCCAAAAUCAGAGGAAAAUAUUACUGAUCAUGAUAGAUUUCGUCAAUGGAAAAAGUCAAAUAUAUCGAGUGUAAUCAUACAGUUGGCUGGAUUUUCAUUUGAAGCGGAUGUUAUGAAUUUAGAAACACGUUUUUGGAUUGUAUUUAAAUCACUUCAAUUAUUUAUGAAACCAGAAGAAUCAUUUCAUUGUUCCAUCGCUUCAUCUCGUGCUGAACCUGACCAAAAACAACAUAAUAAAUUUGUACAAUCUGAUUAUUUAUGGUCAGUCUUCCUAAGUUUUGGUGGUGAUCCAACGGUUGGACUAACAAAACUAAAGUCUACGACUAGUGAUAUUUAUCCAUGGUUAUAUGCCAAUGCUACUUUAUUAAAAAAUUGGAGACUCAUUAUUCCAUCAAAUAUUCAACAAUUAUUUAUUCACGUAUGGCAUCAAAUUGGCGGCCAUGAAAACAUAAAUCCAUUAAAUUCUUCUCUGUGUAGUAGCAUACAUGGAGUUAGCGUGGAUAAUAAUAAUAAUGACGAUUCAAUUAAUUCACCUCCAAGAUGUUCAAUCCGUUUAUUGUUAAAACAAGGAAAUUUAUCACUGAAACUGGAAUCAGGUGCCAAUGAAAAUCCAGAACAAAUAAAACUCUUCAGACAGUUGUUUCUGCAACAAGGAUUGAUUAUUGAACUAACAGAAUAUGGCGUAUUUCAAAUUGGAUUUGAAAAAUGCACGUUGAAUAAGGAACAAAUUAAUAAUAUGGAAUGUGUUAAUCAUUGUCGUAACCGUGCAAAGAGUAUUGACAAUGAGUUAUUAUCCUCCUACUCUCCAGUAAAUACACCCAGUGCUUUUCAUAAUAUCCUAAUCAAUCGAUAUGCAUUGGAGAAUAAAAUAUUGAAAGAUAAGAUUGAGGCCUUGACAAAUGAGUUAAUGAAACUAAGAUCAAUUCAUAAUGCUUAAUACUCAUCAACGAUUCCGAAAAUAUGAUUUACCAUAUCUUUAUGGAAUACUGCAAAUUAUACAGGCACUUCUCCUUUUGACAACAUUUAACCAUUUUAAUGACUGAAUUCUUUCUAUCGAAAAAUUGGUUUUCCAUGUGAGAGUGAAUAUCGCUAAAUCUUUAGUACAGAAAAACUAAUUGUAUUCAUAAUUUUAAUCAGAAAUCAAAGUAUUCCUGUUCUUUUUUCUUCCGAUCAUUAUCUCAUAACAAUGUACAUGUCAGUGCACUUGUCUGUUCAUCACUCGUGGACUGACCCCUGAUAGGAAAUUCUUUUUUAGAUGUACAUAGUUAUUUCUCAAUCACCAUAAAUUAAACUAUGAUUUGUGUACAGUUUGUUUUGGUUUUCACUUAUCGAUUUAUUUAGUAAUUUCUUUGUCCAUGGACUUAUUUUGUACUUUUUUCUCGGGUCACCUUCUUUGUCUUACCAUUUUUCGAUUUAUCGAAUUCCAAACAUAUUGACUGCUUUUUUUUAGUAAUGAGCAUCCUUUAAUUACUCUGUUUUUUCUUAUCCACUGGAUGAAGAAGGAAACAAGGUAUACAAAUACACAUAUAACAACAAAAGAUUAUUUUAUUCUAUUGGAAUGAUCUUCGAUCCUGUUUUUCUCGUCCACCCGCACACAUAAUGCGAUACCCAAACCUCAUUAAUGAAUAGCGCCACAUAUUUCUCUUGAUGAAUCUGGAGACGGUUUUCGUCAUCGAUUAAUAUCAUCCGGAAAAUCACUAACAGCUACGAGUCCCCUAGGGAGCUGUUUCGUCCUAGUGCGAGACUCUUCAGAAGAAUCGCACCUAAAAACCUCCAGGUCUUGUGUCGAAUACCAAGGUUUUUGACUUUUGGUCGUGAUAAAAUGGUUUAUAUUUGAGAUUUCAGUCCCAUGGGUGAUAAUUUUCCUACUCUAGACAUAGUAGGGGCUUCUAUAUGAUUCUAAGUUUUCGUACUUGGUGUAGAAAAGUAUCAACCUAGCCGCAAAUGAGUUUAGGCUCUAUCAUUGGUUGUAUUUAAGGCUUUUCACAGUUAUGGGAGAUAUCGGUAAAAUACUACUUGAUUACUGAUUAUUGUGUAUAAACUACAGUACUUCCUAUCACUACUUCAAGAAUAAUAUUCAAGUUAGAUCAAAACGGGGGUGAAUUGCUAAAUUUGAAGCCUUUAUAAAUAAAAAUAUGCAGCACCCUCAUAAUAGCCCACUGUACUACUUGUUUCCCCAACUUAUAGACAAGAUUAUAAGCUUAUAUUUGUAUGACCUGUCUUUUAAGUUAUUAUAUUUGAUGUGAUUAAUUUAUAGAGCAUUAUCAUAAACCUUAGAAUGUAUACUAACAUAACGGAGAGAAUACUAGGGAAGUUGUAACUACGAAAUAUUUUAUGUAUUAUCACUUCACCUAUUGCCUAAUUACUAAGCAUCCGAAUUAUUGUCUUCCUACACUUCUCGUUGUAAGCUUCAGCUGAACUUACUAAUUACUGUUUGACGUCUUACUAUUCCUUGAUUAUUGUUAAUCCACCUUGUGUUCCGUCCCCAGCUAUUUAUAGCUUGAUUGUGUGUGGACUAGAAUUUCCUGCUUGGAGUGUGUCGUGACCUGAUAGCACAUAUACUUUAACGCUCUAGUCAUCUGGUUAAUAAAAUGCUAUCAACUUAUCCAACCGGGCUAGUUAAGAAUACACCACGGGUAUACAACGAGUUCAUUUUGUUGACACUACAGUAUACUUUUUAUGUGAAGCUUCACUCAAGAUACCACUCAGAUUAAUAUUGAGAUCCCGUUGAUAAAAACCCUACCUUUGGGGAACAUUAACUCGUAAAACAAAUGUGUUUCCGUGUCAAAUCAGUUAAAGUGGUUGCACUUUAAUGUUAUGUGAUUGGAGUUACGAAGCCCUGUGCUUGUUGACAAUCAUCAAGAAUACUUACUCAGAAUUUUGAAGGAACUGAUACUUCCCAUGUAUUGUAGUCAGAGACACCAGUACUAAGAACUAAAAAGUAGGAAAUUUUCUGUUAUUUAGUGUAUAAAUAGCAGUUCAACUGUGAUUGUUUAUAGAACUUGUUUUUUUUCUUCAUGGUACUAUAUUGUACGAACACAUGCUAAUAUUGCAUCACAAAGUUUACGCAUAGCUACUAUAACGUUCAAAAUUUGAUUGAGUCUGUUAGAUAAUCAAAAAUAUGUUUACGCGUCCAAGUGAUACGUUGUUGUAAAUCAUCAGUAAUUCGAAUUAGUUUAUUUACUUAAUCUAUGUAUAUAUAUUCAGUCAUUGGUGUUUUGUUUUGUAAAAGGAUCUUGUUGGAAUACUUUGUGCUAAGAAUUCCUGAUUGCACCAAAAAUAUAAUAUUGAAUAAAGCUACUAAUAAUAAUAAUAACUAGUACCCCCCCCCU